CUGGAUACAAGAACUGAAGCUAAAAUAAAUUCAUGCUGCAAUGUUGGUAAUGAGGUUAAUAAGUUGAAAGAAGUGCUUUCAAAAGAAGAACUAAGUGAAGUUUAAGAGACUGCUUUUGGAUAUUGGUUAGACAUUAAAGAAUUGAAAUGUGUUAAUGGCCAACUCCUCAUUCUUCUCGCACUCAACCAUGUGGAGCCGAUGGGCAUGCAGAGUGUGUGCCUGUAAAGAAAUUUCAUUUUCCAUUGCUGACACACAAAUUACAUUCGCAAAGAAAGACUUCCAAGAGGUGAGUGGUUUUAGGUUUGGGAGCGGUAGUGAAAAUAUGGAGAAUUAUACAGAACCAAGUGACAUAAGUAAAAGAUACUUCAAUGGUCAAAUCAAUGUGACAAAAGAAAAUGUGAAGAUUGAAUUUGAGAGAGUCAAGAGAAAUAUAAAUAGAGAAGCAUUAAAUGCAGUGAAGUUAGGGCUCCUAUACAUGUUAGAGACCUGUAUAAUUGGUAACCAACCAAGUAUUAAACUUCCUGGACUGUAUCUCCACUUGGUCGAUGAUUUAUCCAAGUUUAAUAGGUAUCCAUGGGGAGAAGAUGUGUGGAAAGAUCUGGUAGAGAAUGUUCAGAAAUGCUGUUGUAUUAUUAAAACAAGCAAGAAACCAAGGUUCAAUUUCCCUGGAUUCCAUUUUGCUUUACAGAUAUGGGCGUAUGAAACAUUUCCAGUACUGAUGCAAGAGAAGGAAUGUGUAUUGGACGAAGGAAGGAAGACAUUAUGGCCAAGGGCAUUGAGAUGGUCAGCAGACGGGAGGACCAUGAAAGAGUUGUUGGAGAUGAAAAUAUUCAAAAAUGAAAAGACAGCUCAUAGAAAAGAGGGUCAAAAACUUGAACAAGAUAAGAAUGGAGACUGUGUAAAGGAGAAGGGAGAAGACAUGGACAUUGAUUGGAUGAAUGGGCUGUUGGCUAAGGCAAACACUGAUCACAAUUGCCAGGAAACUAUGCACAUGGUUGAAGCUGAUUUAGGAACAUUACAUAAAGUCAUUGACAAGAAACGCCUUGAGCAGCUAUUCGUACACGCCCAAGUGUUUCAUGUUAUGAAUUUAUAUCAAAAUACUACACUACUUCCGAGUGGAUUGCAGCAUAUGAAGGCAUUAUACAUCCUUCGGGUAGUAGAGACAGACAUUAGUCCAUACGCUGAACAACUAAAUAUCCUAGAGGGUAUCAUCACUUAUUUGAUUCCCACUGAACCACAAAAUGUCCUCGAGGAUAUUUACACUGAAAAACCACCUGUCCUAAAUGAUGUUCCCACUGAACAACCACAAGUCCUCACUGAUAUUCCCACUGAACCACCACAAAUCGUCAAUGAUAUUCCAAAUGAACCACCACAAAUGCUCAAUGUUGAUCCCAUUGAACCACACCAAGUCCUCACUAAUAUUCCCACUAAACCACCACAAAUACUCAAUGGUAUUCCCACUAAACCACAACAAGUCCUCAAUGAUGAUCGCAAUGAACCACAACAAAUACUUGAGGACAUUCAGGAUGAACAAACACAAGACCCUGAUGGUAUAGAUGCUGAAGAACAAGGCAGUAAGGAUAUUGCCAUUGACAAACCACAAAGAAAUGCAUUAGGGUGUAUGAUUCUAACCACAAGAGAAAGACCAGUUGCCACACAAAACCAUACCUUCCAUGUCUACAGAUCUUACUGCCAAAGGGUGAGCUGUGGCGUAUUUGUUGUAAAGAUGGCUGAGCAACUCAUGAUGGGGAUGGGAGUGGAUGAAGUGGAUGUUGCAGGCAUUGAGAGUUUCAGGCAAAAAAUUGCAACAGAGGUGUUGUUAUAUGCAAACAGGAGGGCUGAACAGGAGGCUUAGCAUUACCAUGGAAAAUGUGACCAAGUUUUAAAAACUUUUAUGUUUACUUUUAGUACAAUGUUGUAGUAAUUGCACUAUGGGUUGUAAGUGCACUAUCAGUACUUUUCAUAUUAUUAGUACUUUUUAGACAGAAGCUUGUAAUCACAAUAUGGUUUCAGUACUAAACAGUUCAAGGCUGCUAAACAGUUCAAGACACUACCGGACCGGUGACCGAACCGGUCAAGCUACUGGUUCACUG